CUUCCUCAUGAUUAAGGGCGAACUCUUUCCAUAUGAGAUAUUUUUUAACACUUUGGUCUAAUCUCAAGAACCCUGGUCCCUUUGGUAUUGGAGGCGUGCUUUGACUUUAGGAAAGUUCUAUUUUCUUUUUGUUUUGCUCGGAAUUUUGGGAAUGACUAGUAGCUUUGCAGAGUUAACAUGCAUGCAGUCUAUUUUGGAAGGUCCCCUCAUUUGCUACUGCAAAGAUGCUAGCUGUAUUGAUAUUGAUAUUGACAUUGAUUCAAGGAUUCAACCUUUGUUAUGGGUUUGUUAUAAAGAUCUACUUCCUUUUCUUGGGUUUUUCUUCUUUGGAAGCGGAUUAGAGCUCCUUUCUGUCACAGCUAUCAUGCCCAUGAGUUGUUCGAUAAAAUGCUGAAAUGCACUGUAUCCAAACAUAUGCUGAUGUUAUCUCUGAAGUCUCAAUUGGGAAUGAAGGUGGGGUGCUGGAGAUACGAAGGACUUCUUUGGUGCGGACGUCGACGCCGACGGUGACCAUGAGCUUUUCGUUGGGAGAAGCAUUCCACAACCUCCACGAGUCUCCUCCCUAAUGUGCUCGGCUCUUGAACCAUUCGGUUAAGACUCAAGACUCAACAGUGGUGCGCACGUCAAAUCGGAUAACUUCACCCACCGAGGCAGCGGCGAUGAUCUCAAUGAACCUCGGGUGAGGGAAGUUCAAAGGAAAGUACCCGAAGCCCAGGUUGAAGAAACUAGUUUUAUGGACUUUCUUGAUUUGGGCCUGGGCCUGGGUCUGGGUCUGGGUCCAGCCCAAACCCACAUUGGUUAGAAUGAGAAAUGUAGAAUUGGCAAGAGAAGUCCAUCCCUGUCUGCCAGGGUUUUAAAACAAGGAAUAUGGAUCUAAAUCGGGUCAACUCCAGCCUAUUCUGAACCGAUUCUAUUCCAGAUCUGCUGGAGUCGGUCUGGCAUUGGCCAGAUUCCUUCUGAACCGUAGAACCCACAUUGGGGAACCCGCUCCUGAAUGGGAAUCGGGAUCAGGCUCUACCAAUUUGCUUGAUUUGAUUCUGAUUUUUAAAUCCAUGAUCUCAAUAGAAACUUGGGCCUGUGUGGAGCUCCACUUCCUCCUUGCAGGCUCAACACUUCUAAAAAGAGAGACAUGGUCUUUUCAGGAAGUGUAUUACCAAGUCUAUCUCCUAUAAUUUAUUUUGUACUACUGCUAUUAAAUAAUUUAUAUUUCCCACACUGAAAUUAUUCUACUAAACUAAAACUUCCCCACGAUGUUAGAGUGCAACUUCUCUUUUAGGUGUAUUUUUUUUUAUAUUAUUUAUUAUGAUGUGUUUCUUCUGAUUAUUGACUAUGUAGGUCUCAUUUGGAUAAUAAAUUUUUCAUUACAACUAUUGAUGCCACGUACAAAUUCAUGCCAUUAGUGGGGUUCCCUCUCCCAUAAAAAUUAUACCCAAGAGAGCUUAACGGAAAAAAUGUCAACCGUUUGGGCCACAACCACCUAUCCAACUCUAUCAUGAUCCUACAAAAUUGGGAAGUGCAGAGGUACAUAAAGAACUUAUGGCAUUUCUACUUGAUCUCAAGCUUGUAUGUUAAGGGCAACAGGAUUACAGGAUUGCAGUUUUGGAAGCUGGAAUUGAAAGGUUGGCGUGAUUUGCUCAACUGUACAUCUUGAAGCAAAGAUUCCAAAGAAAUUUUAGAAAAAAAAUCAAGAUGAUUGCUUUGAAUAGAACAAUUCCACCACUACUUGCCGUUAUUGAAAAGAUCCACCAUUCCAUCCCGAAGGGAUAGGGAGCAGCCGCGCGCAGAGCUUUUAAAAACAGGGGAAAGAGGAGUUCCUUUUACACAUUCAAUUCAGAAGAAGAAAGCAAAUCUACAGAGAAACGAUGGAGUUUCCAAGGCUUCAUCCCCUUUUCCUUCUUCCUUUAUUGCUUUUCUCCAUGCUGCAGAGAUCCACCUUUGCUAUCGAAAAGUCUUUUGUGGUAUACUUUGGAGCCCAUUCACAUGGUCAGAAAAUAUCUCCAAGUAGUCUUGAAGUAGUUUCAGAUUCUCAUUACAAUUUUCUGGCAUCUUUCGUGGGAAGUACCCAGAAAGCCAAAGAUGCAAUUUUUUACUCAUAUACAAGUCAUAUUAAUGGGUUUGCAGCGACCCUUGAAGAAGAACAAGCAAAUGAGAUCGCAAAGCAUCCCAGUGUGGUUUCAGUCUUCCCAAACAGAGGAAGGCAAUUGCAUACAACCAGGUCCUGGGAUUUUCUUGGCUUGGAGAAAAAUGGUGUAGUUCAUCGUUCAUCGAUCUGGGCAAAGGCCAGAUAUGGGGAAGAUACAAUUAUUGCCAACCUUGAUACUGGUCUAUGGCCGGAAUCAAAAAGCUUUAGUGACUAUGGCUAUGGACCCAUUCCAUCAAAGUGGAAUGGAACCUGCGUGGACAACAGCACUAACAAAGUUCGUUGCAACAGGAAGUUGAUUGGCGCAAGGUACUUCAACAAAGGCUACGCAGCGGCCGUGGGCCCAUUGGACUCGUCCAAUGCUACCGCACGUGACAGUGAUGGCCAUGGAACCCACACCCUAUCGACGGCAGGAGGCGACUUCGUCUCAGGUGCCAACGUCUUCGGCUACGGUAAUGGCACGGCCAAGGGAGGAUCUCCAAAGGCCAGAGUGGCGGCCUAUAAGGUGUGCUGGCCACCCGUCAACGGCAGCGAAUGUUUCGACGCUGACAUCUUAGCGGCUUUCGACGCCGCCAUCCAAGACGGCGUUGAUGUGAUCUCCGUGUCCUUAGGCGGCGACCCCGGAGACUACUUCACCGACGGCAUCGCUAUCGGCUCCUUCCACGCCGUCAAGAAUGGAAUCGUUGUGGUAUGCUCUGCCGGCAACUCUGGCCCGGCCGACGGCUCCGUCUCCAAUGUGGCCCCUUGGAUGAUCACUGUUGGGGCCAGUACCAUGGACCGCCAGUUCCCGGCUUACGUCGACCUGGGCAACGGUACGAAGUUGAUGGGCCAGAGCCUCUCCCCCGAUUCCCUAACGGCGGGAAAGAUGUACCCUCUGCUGAACGCCGCCGACGCGAGAUUGGCAAACGCUACGGCAGAGGACGCCCUGCUAUGCGAGCCUGGGACGCUGGACCCGAAAAAGGUGAAGGGGACCAUAUUGGUGUGCCUGCGGGGCAUCAACGCGAGGGUGGACAAGGGUGAGCAGGCGCUCGUAGCUGGGGCUGUGGGGAUGAUAUUGACCAACGAUGACCUGAGCGGUAACGAAGUGAUCGCCGACGCUCACCUAUUGCCCGCAUCCCAUAUAACAUAUAACGAUAGUCUUACGGUGUUUGCCUACAUAAACUCGACGGCGUCACCCACGGCUUACAUCACCCGCCCCUCGACGCUGCUGGGCACGAAGCCAGCACCCUUUAUGGCUUCUUUCUCCUCAAAAGGUCCUAACACCGUGACGCCUGAGAUUCUCAAGCCCGACAUCACCGCACCAGGGGUGAGCAUCAUCGCCGCCUACACCAACGCAACGGGUCCCAGUGGUAUGACGUACGACAAUCGACGGGUUGCCUUCAAUUCCGACUCAGGAACCUCCAUGUCCUGCCCUCACGUUUCUGGUAUUUGCGGCCUUCUCAAGACUCUCUACCCCAGAUGGAGUCCUGCUGCCAUCAGAUCUGCCAUCAUGACCACCGCUACAACAAGGGACAAUAACAAGGAAGCGAUACUGAACUCAUCAUAUGUGAAGGCAACACCAUUCAGUUACGGAGCGGGACACGUCUUUCCGAACCGUGCCAUGGACCCUGGCUUGGUCUAUGACCUAACCACCAACGACUACCUAAACUUCCUAUGUGCCAUUGGCUACAACGACUCCCGAAUCAGUCUCUUCUCCGAGUCGACGCUGCCCUACAUAUGCCCCAAGUCCACCAAUCUCUUGGACUUUAAUUACCCUUCCAUCACCGUCCCCGGUCUCUCCGGCACUGCCACUGUGACUCGGACCUUGAAGAAUGUAGGCUCUCCAGCUACAUACAAGGCCCAGGUUUAUACACCACCGGGAAUUUCAGUCACAGUUGAGCCAUCGAACCUGACAUUCUACUUGAUCGGCGAAGAAAAGACUUUCAAAGUUACUCUCAAGGCCAAGGGAGCUCGUGCUGCUAAAGACUACGUUUUUGGUCAGCUUAUAUGGUCAGAUGGUAGUCACUAUGUGAGGAGUCCCAUUGCGGUGAAGGCUGCAGCAUGAGCAUAGAGCAUUAGGAGAGAGAGAGAGCUUCAGAAUUAUGUUUCUCUAAAUUAGUUGCAGUGAUGAUGACCUAUCCAACCCAGAAAACAAAUUCAAGACACGAAUCAACCCUCCCAAAAUUAGAGAACAGGGAUCUGUCUUUAGCCUGAUAAUGAUUUCUAACCUAUCUGAUUUGAGUGUGCUCCUGCAUCUUGAGUAGUAAUUCUAUCAAAACAAGCUGGUGUAAUUUCAUUUUUCAUAUCAUUGAAUAAAUUCAUUUGACGUUCCUUUCAA